AGUUACAGCCAAAUUACCACCCGCACUUCUAUCGGUGCCUUCUAAUUUUUACUUGAUUUCAUGUGGAUAUUAUAUUUUGGAUAUUUUUUCCAAAAUCUUCAUACCACAUAAGCUAGCGACGGUAGUUUAGUGACACCUAGAUGGAGUGGAUAGGCUCAACAAUAUUGAAAACAUUCUGGAGACCUACAAUAAACGUGAUAAGAACAAGGUAUCAUGCUGACAAGACUCGUCUUGUGAGACGGUAUGGGUACGAAGAGAAGCUUUGGUGUGGUGGUCUCUUGCCCAGAUCUAAUGGAAGACCCCUGCCCAUUCCUGAAUAUAGGCCUAAAAACCCUUGGACCGAGCGCAGAGCAUUAUUUGGACAAAAUGACUACAUAGAUAUCCUGGGAAAAGGUGAUCUUCAUCCAGUGAAGACUUUGUAUACACUCCCAGCAUGGAUAAGAGGCUUCCAAGCUCGUCAAGAAUACCAUGUCAUUCUCAGAAAGAGGAAGAUGUUUGCAAAGACCGCCAAACCGGCAAUGCGACCAACAAAAUGGAAAGAUCUAGAAAAGCGUCUCUCAUUCUUGUAUAGGAGACUCAACAGGAAAACAAAGACCGGGAACUCCCCAGAUUAGAGUAAUGUAUACUGUACACAUAACUGUAGUAUAUAUGUUUAAUAAUAAAUGUAGUAUGUAAUAAAUGUAA